GGCGGAGCGCCGGCCACGCCCCUUCGGAAUGUUCGGAUCCCCUUGAGCGGCGGCUGGGACAGGGAGGCGAUGUGGAAGCGGAGCCUGGUGCUCUCCGCCCCGGGGAAGGUGAUCCUGCACGGCGAGCAUGCGGUGGUGCACGGAAAGGCAGGUGGCUCUGGCAACCGCCCUGGACCUGCGGACUUUCCUCCGGAUGACUCCGCGGCAGGAUGGGAAAAUCUCCCUGCAGCUGCCGAAUCUGGGGAGCCAACUAAGCUGGGAAGCCGCAGAGCUCCGGCCGCUGCUAGCCGCCUUCUCAGUUGAACUGCCUGAAGCGCAGCCCCCCAGUGCUGAACAAGUGGAGAAGCUGAAAGAGUUUGCGGGGGGCGAUUAUGGACAUGAAGCAGUCCAGAGUGUAGCUGCUGCAGCCUUUCUUUAUUUGUACUUAUCUGUGGCAUCUAAAUACGGGGUUCUGCCAACUGUUGACAUCUUAGUCUGGUCUGAGCUGCCCACCGGCGCUGGGUUAGGCUCCAGCGCAGCGUACUCGGUCUGCCUGGCAGGGGCAUUGCUUUUUGGAUGCGGCGCCAUCAGCUAUCCUCUGCAGGAGGGCCAAGAAACAGCUAGAUGGACCAAGGAGGAGCUGGACGUGAUCAACAGGUUGGCCUUCCGAGGAGAGCAAGUGAUCCAUGGGAAUCCUUCUGGAGUGGACAACGCUGUGAGCACCUGGGGUGGAGCCUUGCGGUAUAUUUCAGGACAAAUCUCUGUGUUAAAAAGUGUGCCCACUUUACGGAUUUUGCUGACCAACACUAAAGUUCCACGCAGCACCAAGAUCCUGGUUGCGGGGGUUAAAGCCAAGCUCCUGGAGUUUCCCACUAUCAUGGAGCCAAUGCUUGCUACCAUAGAUGCAAUUUCUCGGGAAUGCGAAGGUAUUCUUGAGGCAAUGACCAAAGAUCCAUCUCAGGAACACUACUCCAGGCUGGAGGACUUGGUAGACAUCAACCAGCACCUCCUCAAUGGCAUCGGGGUCGGCCACGCCCUGCUGGACCGCGUCUGCCAGGUCACUUCCUCCCAUGGACUGCAUAGCAAACUGACCGGGGCUGGGGGAGGCGGCUGCGCCAUCACUUUGCUUCGACCAGGAAGAGCCACUUGGCUGCAGAGGAGGGAGAGAGCCAGGCUGUUCCCAGGUUUGCUCCCCCGCCCCGCCACACAUACACAAGGAGAAUUCGGGCCCUUCCUCAGCCUGCCUGGAGCUCAGUCAGAUGCUGGAGGUGGCAGCUCUGCCCUUGACUGCUGCCCUUCUCUACCAGGGGACACACAAGGUGCAGUUGCUCUGAAGCACCCAUGUUCAAGGGAAGGAGGCGGCUGUUGGCGUGUUCAGAAGUGGUUUCUCUGGAUGAAGGCAAGAGUGGAGGUUGAAGGGGGCAACUCUUCUGGAUGCCAAAGGAGCUGAAAAGGCCUGAGAAGACAGCCAUGUGUUGCCUGCCUGCCGAUGCCCACUGAGCCAGCGGGCAUCGCCUGGGAAAGCCGUCGAGGGCUAAACAUGAGAAGGUGGAUCUAACCCAGGGCCAGAUCCGAGGGGGGGGGGAGUGUCCUGAGGGUCGCAUUUUGGCCAUGCGAGAUGUCAGAGCCAAGGGCCACUCCUGGGGGUGAGCUGCUUUUGAGUCGGGUGUGUGUGCAAAAGAAGAGGUGGCAAUAUGAGUUUCUAAGGCCCAAGACCCUUUAUGACUGAAGCCCUCAACCAAAUGGCUGCCUGCACCUCUUAAGCAUCUGGCAGCUUAUUGCGCCCUUAAAGAGAGGACCAAAACACAAGAAUGAAAACUCCGAUGGAGGCAAUGAAAUCGUGCAAAGCCAGAGCAACUUAGUCAUAUGCUGCUUAAAUAGAUAAGCGGGACUUAAGUUACCUUUUUAGAUAAAAGGACGAUCAAUUUACAUGAGUAUCGGCUAGAACUGGGCUCGACUGAUCAGCCCUAAGUGGAUGCAUAGGAAAAUGGAAAGCAGGAGAGAAAAGGGGAUGGGAACUGAGGAGUGCAGAGAUGGAAGGUGAGCGUGGAACAGGAGGGCGGAAGAGAAGCGGAAGUUACAAGGAGGAAUUUAAGCACAAGUCGCGUGAAACUGGCUUGAAUCUCUUGUGUGCAAACUUAAACGUUGAGUGUUCAAAACAUCCCUUUCAAUGCUCUGGAGUCCUGGGGCCCUGGGGAAGGGUCACUCUCCCCCCCCCCCCCCCCCCAGGCAGCCUCAUUAGGACUUGAACAAAAGUGCCCCCCAGGCUUUCCUCGGGGUUAUUGGUGUUCAGCUACAAAAGUCCUCCCAUCAGCAAGAUUGUGAGUCUGGGAGGGGGCUUUUAAAAGGAGGAAGGGGAGCUGGAAAGAGACCAGCCAAAGGUUGGUUCUUAAUUUUAAAAAACUCAGAAAGCAUCAGUCGACUUUUUCCAAAUCAUUACAAAAAACCUCGGGAGCAGGAACAAGUGUUUGGGUCCUUAUUUAGUUGGCUUAAUUGGCCAUUCUGCUUGAUGUCAAGGGCUUUGGGGGGGGGAGGGGGUACCUCAAGAGGACCCGGCUGCCUCUCACCUUCCUUGAAAGUCUUGGCCUGGGCUUCUGCAGGAGUCACCAACCAGAUGUCCGUCAGCCCUUCUGGCGAGGCUGGGGACAAUGGGAGCGGUAGUCCUUUCAGCCAUUUGCAAGGGAGGGCUCUGCUAUUAGCUUGCAUUGGCAGCCCCUCCCUUCUGAAGCUCCGAGGGGGCUCUCUUGGCUGCCGCUCCAGAGUUGCUUUCAAAGCCCACCUCCAGCUUAGAGCCCCAGGAGUUAAUGGGCCUCUUUGCACCUUUCUGAGUUAUUGAGUGUGCUGUUUUGAUGCGCUUUCCUGUUAAUUGGCCUUUAUUAAUGGAAGGUGACCUCUUCCCAUUUGGGUCACCUGCCUCUUGUGCCACAAUCUGCCCCUGGCUUGCUUGCUAGGCUUCCUGCCACAGAGAGUGCCAGGUGUGUGUGUGUGUGUGUGCCAAAGGGGCGGUUGAGAUUUGGCUGUGGAGAGGAACCAUUUUUGUACCAACCCACACCCAACUCUUGGCCUCUCUUUGCAUUUUAAGGGAAUCCUCUGGUUAGCACAGAUACCUGCAAAUAUGGGCCCAUUUUCUAAAUGUUGCUGUAAAACGGUUGACUCGGAGCGGGAAGGUGCCCCCAAAACCCAGAAAUUGUGAAGGAGACAACAGGGUGGCCCUACACAGAGAGAGAGAGAUUAUUUUACCUGGCAUCUGGAGGAAAUGAGGCAAAAUUUCCCUUUUUCUCCUAAGGCAGGGGUCUCCAAACGUGGCAGCUGGUCAUCUUCCCAAUUUUGCAUGAGUGAAUCGAGCUGUUUCCUUGCUUCUUACUUGUGCCCGUGAGGUGCAGUGGGUAGAGCAGCUUGCUUGGCACGCGCGCACACACACACACACACACACACACACACACACACACUUCCCCCUGGAGGAUUUUCUGUGCCGGGUUGGAGGGGCAGCGAGGGGGUUCUGGUUCCAGGCCUGGUUGCAGCUCACCAAGCCAAGGCCUCCUCCGUCUGGGUCUGCCCCCUCCUGGAUUGGGGCCAUGUGCCUUGAAUUGCAAUGGCAGUAAAUAAAUCCCAUUAAGGGGGACGUUUCCUCCCGCACACACUCAUUACCAUGUGCCAGAACUCCUGGGCUCCUGGGAUCGCGACUCUAAUGAGGCCAGGAUGUAUGUGUAGCUGGGAAAUUAAUGCUUAUGCAGGUUAAUUUGUUUUUAUUAAGUACAUCACAUGAGCAGCAGGGCUGCCUCCGAGGAAGGGGAGAUGCCACUCAGCGCACCGGGGGUUGGAGGGGAGGUGGGCAGGGUCCUAGGGAGGCUUGGCAAUUGACUGCCCACCACUCAGCUCCAGAGCCCCCUUUGCUCGGUUCCCUUAACUCCUCUCUUCUCUCCCCAAGGGAUGCUUGGCCCUUUCCUCAAAGAGCGGAGGAGCCUGGCCGCAUCUCUGGCCUCACCUGCCCUGCCCUGAACCCCCCCCAUCAGAUUCAUCUCACCUGGAUGCUCCCCAGGUGAGGGAGGUCUGUUUUGUGCCCUGGUGGCAGUGGACAGCCUCCGGUUGGGGGGUAGGGGUGGGGCUUAUGAAAUUGAUGGUCGGCUGAUAGGAAGGAUGCUUUUGGUUUUCGUGCCAGGUGAUGGGUUGUCCUGAGCUUCUCUGUCCAGCAGGUGAGAAGCAGGAGAGCAGUUGAGGGCAACCUAACCUGUGGCUUCCUUGAGGCUGCCAAUACCGGCCCAGUCUCUGUGUCAGGAUCUGGCCCACUGAGCUCAGUGUUGCAAUGGGCCGGCAAGGCUCCCACAGAGCCCCUUCCAGCUUCUCCUGGGGGGGGGGGAUGGAAGGCAACAUCUGCACCAACCAGCUUUGAUCCAGCCCCCCAACCCCAACCUCCCUCUUGCCCCUCCCCUCCCCCAGUGGGCUGAGCUGUCAGAUUAAUCCUACUCCGGUCUCCCUCACCUGUGAUUUCAUUAAGGGAGAGGCGGAAAGGAAGAGAAACAAUUCCAAGAAGAUAAUUAAAAAAAACCCUCCAAUUAGCAAUUGAUCCUUCUGGCCUGGCAUCACAUCCCCCUCGAGAAGCCCAGAUUGGGCGGCCACCACCUUUGGGAGGGGCUGGAAGAUGCCGAGAGAAGGGGGAGGCAGGUGCCUGACUGUCUCCCAGGCCAGGCUCCCUCAACUGCAGCGCCAGGCCCUCCAUUCCCUUUGAUUAAAUGGCCUUUAUUGGAGGAGGAGGAGGGUCUGGACACCUGCUGCCUGAGAGCCAUUGCCACCCACCUCCCACCCUCGAGCAGCUGGCAGGAGGGGGAGGGGGAGGCCCUCUGGGGCUGGGGCACAAAACUUUCUUGCCACUGGAAAGUUUGCAGAAUCUCCCUCCCUCCCUCUCUGACUGGCAGGCAAGCGGACCUCCUGACCUGUAGUGGCCAUGUCUGUCCCUUGGGCCAAGGAUGAUUGCCCCCCCACGCCCCCCACCCCCAAAAAAGACCCAGCUAAUGCCCAGAGGGGGAACCCCAGCAGAAGAGACGUGAGGAAGAGGCGAAGGCAGCUAGACAAAGGUUCUCUCUGCUUGGAGUUCGUUCUCUCAGCCAGGGUGAGUGGGUGGUUCUUUGGGGGGCUUGGAUGCUCCAUCCCCUUCAAGAAUUCGUAGGCAGAAGCCCCCAGUUGCUGGCCCUCCCUUCUAAGACUAACUGCUGGGCAUCAACUGGCAGAGCUGGCUGACUCUAAACUGCCCUGGCACCUCACUUGGGGCCAUGCGCCAUGCUGGUGGGAAGCCCUGGGACUUCUAGCUCAGCCGCAGCUCGAGCGCCCGAGUUCCCCACCGGUGAGCCCGAAAUCCCUUUAACCGCAGGGCUGUCCUUGGUUCCAUCCGGGAAGGCAAAGCAGAAGAGAAAGGAAGACGGGUGAAAACGAUAUUUUUGUCCUUGCCAACUUCAGCUUUGCUUUGGCUCUCCCGCCUUCUCCUCCUUUGCAUUGUUCUUCUCCUCCACCGAGGGAGAUUCGGCAUCCUCCUUUUUCCCACUGAAAAGGCUAAAUGAUAUACUGACACCUUAAUUACACCCCAUUGUCACAAUGUAGCUUGGAAAUUGCAUUACUGAUAUGAGAAGAAAAGGCUCUGGCGUGUGCGUGUCAGAGCGUUUGAUUCACGGUGGCAGGUGGGGAAUGACACAAAUAGGAGCUUAGAGGAGUCACACCCUGCUUUGUCGGCAAAAAGCGAA